AUGGCAGUCUACAGGAGCAAACUUAUUCAGCCAGACACCAUUGCCAUGGUGCCAGUGCAUGGUUAUAUCAACAGAACCAUCUACAGCCCUGACUCCAUACGAUGGUUGGAUUAUGUAGCAGAGGAUCAAGGCAUUAUGAUUGAGCAUGCUUUGUCAAACAAGGGGGAAGUCAAGAUUGGAGGAAUGUCAGUGGAUGGUCUUUGCCGGGAAACCAAAACCAUCUACCAAUAUCAUGGUUGCUUCUUCCAUGGCUGUUUGACCUGUUAUGAUGCGGAUACUCAACAUCCGUUCAAAAAGAUGUCAAUGGGAAAAUUAAGGGCAGCCACCCAGGAAACCACCGAAAAAUUCAGGGGCUUAGGCUAUCAAGUCAUAGAGAUGUGGGAGCAUCAUUUUCAAGAAUUGAAGAAGGAUAUGCCCGAACUACAGAAGUUUCUGAAAAGCCAUAAAAUGGUGGACAGACUCAACCCUAGAGAGUCCUUUUUCGGCGGUCGGACAAAUGCCGUUCGACUAUUUUAUGAGGGCGAAGCCAAGUAUGUAGAUUUCACCUCGUUAUAUCCAUGGCUCAACAAAUACUGUUUAUAUCCAGCGGGUCAUUCCAAAGUAAUAACGACUGACUUCGAUACAGUGUCGCCCCCUAGUGGUCUCUUCCUACCUGUUUUACCAUACAGAUCCAACGAAAAAUUGAUGUUCCCCCUAUGCCGGACGUGUGCGGAUACUCUAUCACAAGUCGCUUGCACUCACACCGAAGAAGAGAAAGCCAUCACGGGCACAUGGGUAACUGAAGAAGUCAAGUUGGCAGUGAAAAAGGGAUAUCGAAUAGUCGAAAUGCAUAAAGUACACCAUUUUCAGAACUCCUCGACGAACCUUUUCAGCUCUUACAUAGAUCUUUUCUUAAAAAUUAAGCAGCAGAGCAGUGAUUGGCCACGAGAAUGUGUGACCGAAGAGGAAAAACAGCGAUAUCUCAGAGAAUAUAAGGAAAGAGAGGGUAUUGAUCUCGACCAAACCCAAAAAAAUCCCAGAGAAAGACAGGUGUCGAAAGCAUAUUUGAAUAAUUUUUGGGGGAGGAGGAGCCAAGAACUAUGCUUAUUCCACAAGAUCCGGAAAGACAUGUUGCAAAGUGAGGGGCUUCUCGCUAAAUGCCAGAAACUCGGAAAUUCUAAAUUUGGAGUCAGUCAAACACCUGGUACGUACUCUGGACAACACUGCAACAAUCCCUCUUCAAUCACUCGACUGCCGAUGAAGAGGAAAAUCGUGAACGUUCCGGAGACAAAAGUAUAUCGUAUGGUAUACGAUAAGAGAGUAAUCAACCGUGACGAUUUCACAACCUUACCAUACGAUUAUUGA